AUGGGCAACUUCAGGAUUAAUGGCUCUAAUGCUCCCAGCUUUAUACUGACAGGUUUCCCAGGGAUGGAGGCCAUGGAGCUCUGGUUAUCCCUCCCUCUUCUUCUAUUCUAUGCCAUCUCCAUUGUAGGCAACAGCCUGAUACUCCUUAUUGUCAAGCAGGAGCAGAGCUUGCACCAGCCCAUGUACUACUUCUUGUCCCUGCUCUCAGUCAAUGACUUGGGUGUGUCCUUCUCCACAUUGCCAACUGUGUUGGCUGCCCUGUGCUUUCAUGCCCGAGUGAUCUCCUUUAAAGCCUGUUUGGCCCAAAUGUUUUUCAUCCACCUCUUCUCUUGGACAGAGUCUGGCAUUCUUCUGGCUAUGAGCUUUGAUCGCUAUGUGGCCAUCUGUAACCCACUGCGCUAUGCUGCAGUGCUCACCAAUGCUCGCGUGGUGGCCAUGGGCUUGAGUGCCGUCCUCCGCAGUUUUGUGCUCAUCCUGGUCUUCCCACUGCUGCUGCACAGACUGCCCUUCUGCCACCCACAAAACAUUCUCUCCCAUGCCUACUGCCUUCAUGUGGACAUGAUUAAAUUGGCAUGUACUGAUGUCUCCCUCAAUAGCCACUAUGGGCUGUCCAUUGUUUUGUUCACCUUUGGCCUGGACUCUGCUCUGAUCCUUAUCUCCUAUGUCCUCAUCCUGCGAUCUGUAUUAGCAAUCGCCUCUCAGGAGGAGCGCCUCAAGACACUGAACACAUGUGUGUCCCACAUCUCAGCUGUGCUUAUCUUCUAUGUGCCUAUGGUUAGUGUUUCCAUUGUCCAUCGAUUUGGGGCUGGUCUACCCCAUGCUGUCCAUAUCCUUAUGUCUAUUCUCUAUCUCUUUGUGCCUCCCAUGCUAAAUCCUAUUAUCUACUCCAUUAAGACAAAGGAGAUAAGACACAGACUUCUCAAAAUGCUCUUCAGAGUCAAGGUCUGA